AUUUGACGUCGUUUCCGUCGACAUAGACACAGACAGGAAGGUUGCAUUUGGCGACGUGGAAGUGACUAGUCGUCUGUUGUGAGGCUGUACACCAACCACACUGAUCCACAAACAUUCCGUAACAAUGAUAAAGAAAUUUGACAAGAAGGACGAAGAGUCUGGAAGUGGCUCUAACCCUUUCCAGCAUCUUGAAAAGAGUGCAGUGUUGCAAGAGGCUCGCAUCUUCAACGAGACUCCGAUCAACCCCAGAAGAUGUCUCCACAUCCUCACCAAGAUCAUUUACCUACUCAACCAAGGGGAGCACUUUGGAACUAUGGAGGCGACCGAGGCCUUCUUCGCAAUGACCAGGCUCUUCCAGUCCAAUGAUCAAACCCUGAGAAGGAUGUGCUACCUGACCAUCAAGGAGAUGGCCAACAUCUCUGAGGAUGUCAUCAUUGUCACCAGCAGCCUGACCAAGGACAUGACUGGCAAGGAGGAGUACAGAGGACCUGCCAUCAGAGCUCUCUGCAGGAUCACGGAUACCACCAUGCUGCAGGCCAUUGAGAGAUACAUGAAACAGGCCAUCGUUGACAAAGUGCCCAGUGUGUCCAGCUCUGCCCUGGUCUCAUCUCUGCACAUGGUUAAGAUGAGCUACGACGUGGUGAAGCGCUGGGUGAACGAGGCACAGGAGGCAGCUUCCAGUGACAACAUCAUGGUGCAGUACCACGCCCUGGGCCUGCUGUACCACCUGAGGAAGAAUGACCGACUGGCCGUAUCCAAGAUGCUCAACAAGUUCACCAAGUCUGGCCUCAAGUCCCCCUUUGCCUACUGCAUGCUCAUCCGCAUCGCCAGCAAGCUGUUGGAGGAGACCGAGGCAGGACAUGACAGUCCCCUGUUUGACUUCAUUGAGAGCUGUCUGAGGAACAAGCAUGAGAUGGUGGUGUACGAGGCAGCCUCGGCCAUAGUCCACAUGCCCAACUGUACUGCCAGAGAGCUGGCCCCUGCUGUCUCUGUCCUGCAGCUGUUCUGCAGCUCUCCCAAAGCAGCCCUGAGAUACGCUGCUGUCAGGACCCUCAACAAGGUGGCGAUGAAGCACCCGUCAGCGGUGACUGCGUGCAACCUGGACCUGGAGAACCUGAUCACGGACUCGAACCGCAGCAUCGCCACGCUGGCCAUCACCACGCUGCUGAAGACGGGCAGCGAGAGCAGUGGACCGCCUCAUGAAACAGAUCUCCUCCUUCAAUCUCCUCUGUCAACAGAACAACUGGCAGCCAUUCCAGAAUUCCAGGGCCUGGGUUCUCUCUUCAAGACGUCGGAGGCGGUGCAGCUGACCGAGGCGGAGACUGAGUAUGUGGUGCGCUGUGUCAAGCACACCUUCGCCAGACACAUGGUGUUUCAGUUCGACUGCACCAACACGCUCAAUGACCAGCUCCUGCAGAAGGUUAUGGUUCAGAUGGAGCCGUCGGAGGCCUACGAGGUUCUCCACUACGUCCCUGCUGCUAACCUGCCCUACAGCCAGCCUGGCUCCUGCUACAGCCUGGUCAGACUGCCUGAAGAUGACCCCACCGCAGUGUCCUGUACGUUCAGCUGUACUCUGAAGUACCUGGUGAAAGACUGCGACCCCAACACAGGAGAGCCAGAUGACGACGGUUACGAUGACGAAUAUGUGCUGGAAGACUUGGAGGUGACUGUAGCAGACCACAUCCAGAAGGUGUUGAAGCCUAACUUUGCCGCAGCCUGGGACGAGGUGGGAGACGACUUUGAGAAGGAGGAGACGUUCGCCCUGGCCUCUGUCAGAACGUUAGACGAGGCUGUUGGUAACAUCAUCAGUUUCCUGGGCAUGCAGCCCUGUGAGCGUUCAGACAAGGUCCCAGAAAACAAGAACUCACACAUCCUCUUCCUUGCCGGUGUGUUCCGGGGGGGUCAUGACGUGCUGGUUCGCUCGCGCCUGGCCCUGGCCGACGGUGUCACUAUGCAGGUGACUGUCCGCAGCUCGGAUGAGACUGUUGUUGACAUCAUCCUAGCCUCCGUGGGCUAGAGGGCGCCAGCGGGCCUGUUCACCAACAGGCUGUGUUAAUACAAUGGCAUAUUCUGAUUGUUUUGUCUACUUUUCCCCCUUUCACAAUAUUCUCUUUGCUAUGUCCUCCACUGCUUUAUGUUGUUGGAAUGUGUCGUCUGAGAUGGAUACAUUAUGGUGAGGUGUGUGUGUGUGUACUACUGGCACCCUUCAACACAACUCAUCUCUGUAGACUGGCCCCAGAUCUGUUUGUGCUGUAUAACCAACUCCAAUGGUCAUUCGUAGGUGUUUGCAAGGCAACACAAACAGAUCUGGGACCAGGCUAGUGUCAUUAAUGGCCCACGUUUUAUCAAAUCUAUUAAAUGUUGACCAUGGAAAUACUGAA